CUGGGGUUGAAUUUGACCCCUCAAGGCAACUACCUGCCCUCCUCUACCUGGUGAGGAGACGCAGGACGUGCAGCUGAAGAAGGAAGAAAAGGGACGACACUUGGAAUUCCCGUCAGAAGAACUGUUGAGAUCCGAGCCUGGGACCAUUGGGGAAAUAAAAUCAAGACUGAGAGCGUGAGAGAAAGAAGGACUGCAUGUGUGAGUGUGUGUGUGAGAGAGAGAGAGUGCGAGAUAGAGAAAGAGAGAGAGAGAGAGAGGGAAGAAGGAAGAGAGAGGGAGAGUAGCAUAAAGAUCAGAAGCAAGCAGCAAAGAACAAGCUGAAGCACUAGGAGGACCACAGACCGGUGGAACAGAAGCAGGCAGCCUGCUGGGGUGCCCACUGCAUGCCGAGGACAUCUCCGUUAAUUAAGGAGCAGCCACUGGAGCUACAGGAACUAUUUUUACCUGAUUUCAGCUGGAUAUAUACAUGUUUUUUUCCCUCUCUCAUGCUAUACCUGUAUUCAGUUCUUAUACAACCUCACAUGUAUUCCUGUCAUUUUUUAUUCAUUCACUCUGUUCUUUUUUUAACUCAAACUUUCAGUAACUGUUUUAAAUGUACUUGUGCUAGUCGACGUGUGUGCGCGUAGACUCGCACGGCAGCGUUGUUGUGAGCGCGAACAGGGCGAAGCUUCAACUAUAAAGCCCGGCUGAAGCGUUUGAUAUAGAGCUGCCAAGGCACCUGCCAGAGCCCAGCCCACGGGAGCAUGUGCUCGCGCUCAAAGUGAGCGCAAAAGCAGCCAGAUUAGAGAAGCGCAUGAGUGUCACAAACGGAUUGCAAGAGGAGCCAGAAGCUUUUUUUUUUUUUACAGACAUUUUAAUCUCAUGGAAUUAUACGCCAGAGUCAGACAAUUACCGCCGCAAAUCUGAAAGCUGUUGUUUUUAAUCUUGACGUGGCUGGUUGACUGGCAGAACACACACCUUUCACUGUGGCACGGCCGAUGAUGUAAACUUCGUUGUUUGUUUGUUUUUUUGUUCAUUCUUCCGAGUCGAGCUUUUCAGAGAAGGGGUGUUCUUUGUGGAAACGUUGAGCUGUUAGUGGAAAGGGGGGCUUCGGGGAAGGGUCCAUUUUGCAUUCUCCUCUCUUGUGACCUCCCCUGUAUCGAUCUGGGGAUCAUCUGGCCUCUGGGGGCCACUGCGCCGGGCCCCAACCCCAAGAUGAGGCGCUCCAGCACCGACGAGACGCCUUACCGGCGCAGUCCCUCGCUGGACAGCAAGGCGGGCUCGCCGCCGCUCCGCUACAGCGGGGAGUACGAGUACCGCAGCUCGCCGUUCACCUUCGGCUUCCGGACCACGCCGGGUCCGCAGGCGGCCAAGGGCCGCUACACGUCGGCGCAGGGCAGGAAGUACGUGGUGUUUUACCUGGACCUGUCUUUCAUCUUCCUCCUAGAGCUGCGGCGCUGCAGGAUGGCCGAGGGCUGCAUGCGAGCCCUGCGCUAUGGCAUGGUCUUCUUCAACCUGCUCUUCUGGCUCGGGGGCUGUGGAAUCCUUGGAGUGGGGGUGUGGCUGUCGGUGACCCAAGGCAACUUUGCCACCCUCUCCUCAUCGCUGCCCUCCCUGUCCGCCGCCAACCUCCUCAUCGCCGUGGGGACCAUCAUCAUGGUGAUUGGCUGCCUGGGGUGCAUCGGUGCUGUGAAAGAGAGCCGGCCACUGUUGCUGAGUUUCUUCAUCUUGCUUCUCCUGAUCUUCUUUUUGGAGAUUCUGUUCAUCAUCCUGUUCUUCGCCUAUCAAGACGAGAUUGAUCACUACGCCCAGAAGGACCUGAAGAGAGGCCUCCAGCUCUUUGGCACCGAGGGGAACAUCGGCCUGACCAACGCGUGGAGCAUUGUGCAAACUGAUUUCCGCUGUUGUGGCGUGACCAACCACACGGACUGGUUCGAGGUCUACAACGCCACCCGAGUGCCGGACUCCUGCUGCUUAGAGUACAGCGAUAACUGCGGACUGGAGAACCCUGGCACAUGGUGGACCGCGCCCUGUUAUGAGCGUGUGAAGGGCUGGCUGCAGGAGAACUUGGUGGCUCUGUGGAUUUUCGCGCUGUGCACUGCACUCACUCAGAUCCUGGGACUGGUUUUCUCAAUGACGAUGUUCUGCCAAGCAGUGAAAGUGGAGACGUUCUACGCCUAGAACAGGGGCGGUACCAUCCGUUUGGCAACGAGCUGCAACAGACACCCUCUAGAGCCAGGAGAGAUCAGACAUUGAUUCAUUCUAACCUUGUUUCCUCACCGACUUUUCCCACAUCCAUCGUUUUUAAUGUAUUUUCAGCACAAACACAAUGCUUUUGCAACAUUUCCAUGGUCUCGGUAGCUCCAUUUGACAGCAAAUGGAAAAUGCCAGAACCAGUCAUCAUACAACUUUGGGCAACAGUCAGUCUUGUGCAAAAAUGUUCAAUAUGUGAUGGAAUACAUAUCUUUUAAUCGUGUCUCUAGUUGUAAGACGUAAGAGCUUUUUUUUUGUUUUUGUUGCUAUCAAAUCACCAACACACCCUGUGAAUGCGAGCUCAGGGGCUUGAAGAGGCUGUCAGUGGGAAAACAACAGCACACAGUAUAUAGAUGUACCUGAAAAUGAUAAGGUCUGUAAUCUUUUCACCAUUUGUAAAUCUAUCAACAUAUGUACCUUGUAUCUUUUCUGCUGAAGCACAAAAGUAAUUUAUUGUUUUGAGAUUGAGGGGAGCUAGCAGGUGGAAUGUGCGUCAACAGAUGCCCCCUGCCUCCAGAUUCCCCUUUGAAAUAAGGCUCCAGCACAAACCGCGGUUGCUAUGUUUUCAAACACACGGGCUUACAAACAAUCAGACCAGGGUGUCUAUUUCCCUGACAACAGAGCACAAUUGGUACCGCGUUUAAAAUGACAGUGAGUUUAGAGACAUCACGCAUGGGCCGAAUCGCACGGGAACUAUCAGUAAAGCAAUGAUGAACGGUGACCAGAAAUGAUCUUUGGGUCCACCAUGUGUGAAGCACAUUCUCAAUUUAGUCGAUCAAAAAGAGGGGUCAGUAAGAAUAGCAAGGCUCUUGAGUUGUAGUGCUUUCAGCUUUGAAUGAGUACAAUGUGAUGUUCUUCUUUGUUUAGACAAGGUGUUCAGUCAGCCCAAACCCCGACAUUAGGAGCAUGCAUCCGUGAAUGUAAAACAAGAAGACAGACAGACACGCAGGUGUGUGUGUGUGUGUGUGUGGAGGGAAUGGGUUGUGUUUGUGAUGAAUAGCUGAGUAUGGAGACCUGGGAAUGCUGGGGCGCUGUGGACCUGCGUUGCGUAGCUCAGAGCGCGCCCUUGCAAUCGGAACUGGCAGAUGCCCGUGACAUCAAAGGGAACGGCAACAAGCUUUUGGGCUGAAUCCAGUCAGGUUGGUGGGGUGACAGAGGGAAUAGCAGGGGGGGAGAGAAGAGAGAAACGGAAGGGCAGGGAGAUAGAGGGUGUGUGUGUGUGUGUGACGUGUGUGUGUGUGUGUGUAAAGAGUUGUGAGCUAGGGCAGAUGCGUGAUCUUUAUCUUUGUAUGUAUGUGUGUGUGUGUGUGUGUGUGUGUGUGUGUGUGUGUGUGUGUGUGUGUGUGUGUGUGUGUGUGUGUGUGUGUGUGUGUGUGUGUGUGUGUGUGCGGAUGUGUGUGUGUGUGUGUGUGUGUGUGUUUGUGUGUACCACAGCGUUUUGUGCCGAUUCUGCAAGUGUGAAUGCGCUGUGGAACCCUGUGGAGUAGCACUUCCACACCGUGUCUGAAUUCAUGACCUCUGGGGAAUCAAGCUAACAGGCAGCAUGAAUGCCAGUGCAGGCUCUGCAAAGGCAUUUCAGUGAACCAGAACAGACCCAUUCAGAUCCUGCCACUCUGGCAGACAGAGACAAGGGAAUUUGUACAGACAAGUGAAUAUCAGUAUGUUUCCAACUGACAAUGUACCCAUCUUCUUAAUGAUGACCAAGACUUAUAUAUAUAUACAAAAAAAAGAUAUAGCCACAAAUAAAGGUUUUCUAAU